AUGGCAUUCAAGCUGGUAGUCCUGUUUUGUGCUUUCGCCGCCGCCAAUGCGGGUUACGUUGCUCAGUCCGCCCCUGUCGCGUACGCGGCCGCCCCAGCAGCGCACGUGGUCCACGCCGCUCCCGUGGCUUACGCCGCUCCUGUCGCUAAAGUGGUCGAGGAUUACAACGCGCACCCCCAGUACAGCUUCGCGUACGACGUGCAAGACGGUCUUACCGGCGACUCCAAGAGCCAGCACGAGAGCCGCGACGGAGACGUUGUACAGGGCUCCUACUCCGUGGUAGACCCUGACGGUACCAAGCGCACCGUGGACUACACCGCUGACCCCCACAACGGAUUCAACGCCGUCGUGCGCAAGGAAGCCCUCGGACACGUCGCUAAGGUCGUCGCUGCUGCCCCCGCUGCUCCCGUGGUCGCUAAAGUAGCCGCCCCUGUGGCCUACCACGCUGCUCCCGUAGCCUACCAGGCUGCCCCUGUAGCCUACCACGCCGCUCCUGUCGUGCACGCUGCUGCCCCCGUCGCCUACUCCGCCCCUGUCUACCACCACUGA